GACCGUCUGGGAGAUGCCUUGAAAUCAGGGGCCUGGCAUUGCUGUGGGUGACCUCUGUGCUGUAGACAUGACCCCGAGGGAUGGGAGGCCUUGGCUGCCUGUAGCUCUGCUCCUUCUGCAGGUCCCAGGCUGUUGGUGUCUGAGUGGCCCCACCUCCGUGACGGGCACCGUGGGCGGAUCUCUGAGCGUGCAGUGUCAGUACGAGGAGAAAUUCAGAGAGAUGGCCAAAUACUGGUGCAAAAGCCCAUGUGUGUGGAGUACUGUAAAGACCAAAGAGGCAGACAUAGAAGAGAGUAACGGCCGUGUGUCCAUCAGGGACCAUCCCGCCAACCUCACCUUUACAGUGACCUUGGAGAACCUCACAGAAGGUGAUGCAGGAACAUACUGGUGUGGAAUCGUUACAUCAUGGCUCCCAGGAUAUUUCCUCGACCCCACCUUCCUCGUUGUGGUGUCUGUGACCCCAGGUGAGCUGUGAAACCCCCUCCCCCAGCGCCAGCACUAGGGCUGCCUGAGACUAGAGCUGAUUACCCUGACCCUGGCACAAAAGCCGUGGGUUGUGGGAUAGAAGAGUGGAGUGAAGAUGGGGUGGGUGACACAGGGGAUGUGCAUGUAUGUGUCCGU